GGGGGCUCACGUCCACCCUGGAGUCAUUCCCUCUGUUUGGAGAGGGAGAUCCUUCAGCUCCGGGAACGAACCGGCAGAAAGCAACCCGGUGACGCCGAUGCUGCGGCAUCUUAUGUACAAAAUCAAGUCCACUGGCCCCAUCACCGUGGCCGAGUACAUGAAGGAGGUGUUGACCAACCCAGCCAAGGGUUAUUAUGUUUGCCGUGACAUGCUAGGAGAAAAAGGAGAUUUCAUUACCUCACCUGAAAUAAGUCAGAUCUUUGGAGAGCUACUAGGGAUAUGGUUCAUCAGUGAAUGGAUAGCCACUGGAAAAAGUGUAGCUUUCCAGCUGGUGGAACUGGGCCCAGGUAGGGGUACCCUUAUGGGAGAUAUUUUGAGGGUGUUCAGUCAGCUUGGGUCUGUGCUGAAAAACUGUGACAUUUCAGUACAUCUGGUAGAGAUGAGCCAAAAAUUAAGUGAGGUUCAAGCAGUGACGCUGACUGAGGAGAAGGUCCCAUUAGAGCGUGAUGCUGGAGCCCCAGUGUACAUGAAAGGUGUCACUAAGUCCGGGGUUCCAGUUUCCUGGUACCGAGAUCUGCAGGACGUUCCGAAAGGGUACAGCUUUUAUCUUGCACAUGAAUUUUUUGAUGUUCUCCCUGUGCAUAAGUUUCAGAAAACCCCACAAGGAUGGCGAGAAGUACUCAUUGACAUUGAGCCGCAAGUUUCUGACAAACUGAGGUUUGUUUUGGCGCCUUGUGCCACCCCAGCAGAAGCCUUCAUACAACAUGAUGAAACGAGGGAUCAUGUGGAAGUGUGUCCUGAUGCUGGUGUUGUCAUUCAGGAGCUUUCUCAACGGAUCGCGCUAACGGGAGGCGCUGUGCUGAUUGCUGAUUAUGGUCAUGAUGGAACAAAGACAGAUACCUUCAGAGGGUUUUGUGGCCACAAGCUUCAUGAUGUCUUAACUGCCCCAGGAACAGCAGACCUAACCGCUGAUGUGGACUUUAGCUAUUUGCGAAGAAUGGCACAGGGGAAAGUAGCCUCUCUGGGCCCAAUAAAUCAACACACAUUUUUACAAAACAUGGGUAUUGAUGUCCGACUGAAGGUUCUUUUAGGUAAAUCAGAUGAGCCAUCAACAAGGCAGCAGUUACUUCAGGGAUACGACAUGUUAAUGAAUCCUAAGAAGAUGGGAGAGAGAUUUAACUUUUUUGCCUUGCUGCCUCAUCAAAGACUUCAUGGAGGAAGGCAUCAUAUGAACGAAUGUCAGUCAAAACCCUCUACAUCACCUGUAGCAGGGUUCAGUGAGCUGGCUUGGCGGUGAUAUUUCACCUUGGACUUUUUACCUCUCAGCCUGCUUAAGAAAUAAAAUAAAAACACAUUUCAUGCAUUGCAGGUAACAUUGUUAAAAGUAUUUUAUCUCUUCACAGCCAUUAAGAAUAACUCAUGUCAUAUGUGAUACAACCAAAAAUUAUAGAGCUUUUAGGUUGUGACUGACUUUUGGUACAAAAGUGUGUUUUCAAUGUAAUGUUAUUAUGAAAUUAUGUUUCCUUGAAUUAAUAAAGUUAGUUGCUGUAUUUCCAAUUUAUUUUUAAAAGUAAACCUGAGCACUGAUUGGCUUAAUAAAAACUGGAAACAGCUUA